AUGUCCAAUGAGAAGGAUAAUCUAUCAUCAAAACUUAAUUCUUCUUCUUCUACCAAACAACCUUUAAACGUAUUUGCUCAACCCCAUUUCAGAUCAAAAAUACGUUUACCUUUCAAAGAUUUUCAAAAGAAUGUUAAUAAUGAUUUACCAAAACCAAAUUAUCAGCAAAAUAAUAAUCAAGACUUAACCACGGCAUCACCACCAAUAUUUACUAAAUUCAUUUCUGAAAAAUCUCAUGUUUCUAAACCAGAGGAUAUUAAUAUCUCCAAUAAUAAAAAUAAAUCCAAUGAUGAUAAAGAAGAAAAGAAUGAAGAAAAGAUAGAAAAAGAUGAACUCGGUAUGAUUAUAGAGAUCGUACAUAGAUGGAAAGAUGAUUCGGCAAGAAGAGAUUCCAUCAUUAAAGAACUGCGCGAUAAUCUUGACAUUUUACAAGAGACUAUAAACCAUCGAGAUAUCUAUUUGACUACCUAUCGAGAACGUAUUUUAACCUUGGAAUUAUUGAUCAAACGUCAACAAAGUAAUUCCGAUCAUAACCGUGAAAGAGUUGAAAAUAUUAAAUCAAAGUAUUUUUCAUAUCGUAACACACUUUCGAAUAUAGAAAAAUCUGUUGAAGAGAUUCGAGAAGAAAAAAAGAGAAUUGAAAAUGAUGUUGAAUCAUUAAGAUGUGAUUUUGGUAAAAUUGCUACAAAAUAUCAAUCAGUAUCAGAAUAUCACAUCUCCAAUUCGUUAUCACAAAGAACUCAAAUCACGCAGGUUACAGACUUAAACCAUCAACUUACAGAUGCAAAUACUCAACUUAAUAAUGUUAUUACUCAAUUAAGUCAAGUUAUACAGAAUUCUAAUGAUAAAGCGGCAAGUUACGCAUCAGAACUUGAUUCCACUCGUAAAAGAUUAGAAUCUGUUAUGAGUGAACGUGAUAUUGAAAAAGCUGAGAAUGGUGAAGAAUGUCAGAAACUCAAACUUUCAUUUGAGAGUGUUAACGAAAAAUACCAAACUCUAAAUUUACUUCAAAAAGAAAAUGAAGAAAAAAUUAUUGCUCUUACAAAAUGUGUUCAAAAACUCGAACAAGAUUUAGAAUCAUCUCGUAAUGAUAUUAAACAACUUAAUUCUUUAAUCACCGAGAAAGAUAAACGGUAUUUUAAAAAAUCUUAUCCACAUUUACCAUUAUUACGAGAAAUUGAUUCAAUUCAAAAAGAAAUGGAUACAAUUCGUACACAACAAAUGAUUGAAUGUCAAAAGUUUGAGAAUGAACUCCAUGAUUUACGUCAUCAAUUACAAACGGAAUUUUAUAAAGAACGUUGCCAAUUAGAAACAGAAUGGGCAAAUGAACGUAGUCGAUUGGAAUCGGAAAAUCGUGAAGAACGUACUCGACGUCUACGUUUAGAAUCAGAAUUUCGUGAUGAACGUUCAGAACGAUUUCGUUUUGAGACUGAAUUACAUAAUUCCGAUAGAAAAUUAAAAGAAUUACUUCAAACCAAUGAUCACGAAAAAAUCGUUCAAUUGGAAUCUGAAUUGGGUGAACUAGAGAAUCAACGCUUGAAUCGUAUAUCAGCAAGCUCACUUGAAUCAAGAUUAAAUUCACUUGCAACGAAAUUUGAUGAAUUUAAAAGUGAUCACAACAAAGUAAUUAACGAUAUAAAUCAACAGCACGAUGAUAAUGUCGACAAGCUCAAUCGUGAUGUUUAUAAUUAUCAAGAAAUUGUUAAACAAACUACAUUAGAACAUGAAAAUGAAAUCUGUCAGCGUGAUUGUGAGAUUAGAGAAAUUAAAUCAAAAGAAAUACUAAUGAUGGAAGAAAUUGAAAUGUUAAAAUCUAAAAUUCAUCUUUUGGAAUCUAAUGAACAAUUUUCGCAAAAGAAUUUGCAAUUGAGAAAUGAUUGCAAAAUGAGCAAUAUUUCUAUUCCUGGACCCGGAUAUAUAGUUAAUUCUGAACGAACAGAAACAGAACCGAUCAUAAAUGAAGUUGUUGUUUUGGAGGUUUUCGGAAAAAGUUUUCGAAUCUAA